AUGUCAGCCCCUGGAGCUGGUCACGAAUUCCCCGCCCAAGAGGUCUCUUGGCAGAAGCGCGAUGUGCUAUUGUUCGCCAAUAGCAUUGGUAUUAAGGCCGAUGAGCUACACUUCCUCUAUGAACUCCACCCGAACUUCUCGGUCUUCCCAACCUAUUCUCUCAUCCUCCCAUUCAAGCUCACCGACCAAGAGGUGACUGAUUUCUAUGCCCGUCAGAAGGCAGUUCACAUCCCAGGCGUCCCCGACCUUGACCAUCGUCAUGGUGUCGAUGGCCAACGUAAGCUCACGGUCCUGAAACCGCUCCCUACCACUAGUGCAGGGCGCAAGUUUGAGCUCCGCAAUAAGGUUAUUGGUGUCUAUGAUAAAGGCAAGCCUGGUACUGUGAUCGAAACCGAGCAGUCCAUUGUGGAUAAGGAGAGCGGCGAGGUGUACACCAAGGUCGUGAGUAGCGGUUUCCUGGUCGGACAGGGUGGCUGGGGUGGCCCGAAGGGGCCUAGCACCGUCAACUACCCCCCACCGGAAGGCAAGGCCCCCGAUGCUGUCCAUGUUGUUCAGAGCAACUCGGAGACAGCCCACCUGUACCGUCUCAACGGUGACUACAACCCUCUCCACGCCACACCGGAGCCUGGCAAGAAGAUGGGCUUCGGUGGUGUUAUUGUCCACGGCCUUUUCAGCUGGAAUUCUGCUGCCCAUGGCAUUCUACGCGAAUUGGGUGGUAGCAACCCUGCCAAUAUGAAGGAGUUCCAGGCUCGUUUUGCCUCACCCGUCCGGCCCGGCGAUAAGCUUACCACUGAGAUUUGGAGAAUGGGCAAUGUUCAAGACGGUUAUGAAGAGAUUCGAUUUGUUACUAAGAAUGACAAGGGUCGGGUCGUGUUGAGCAAUGGGCGUUGUCUGUUGAAGGUUACAGGCACGAAGAGCAAGCUUUCUGUAUACCCGCACGUGACUAUAACCUCGGUUGCCCGGAUCCUUAAAUUGCUACCCCGGAUCGUUCCAUACUAUUUCCUUGUGUCCUUAGAACCACUGGUUCCCCAUAUUAGCUAUGAUUUUCAGCUGGCGUACAGCACUCAGGUCGAGUGGGCUAUGGACUCGCACGGGGCCAAAGAGCUUGAGGCCCCGCUAUUCCCCCGCUGGUCGUUUGCGGUCGUUUUUUUCUCAGAGAAAACUGCCAGUGUCCCAAAUGCAAGCUCACAACUCCCUAUGGCUGCACGAUUUCUGAUCCUAUCCCCGCAGAUUCCGCAAAAUGUUAAGAUACAAUCAAUUGAACACAGUGACAGCAUGGUCAAUAUCAAGUGGUAUGAUAACCACAUGGCGCUUUAUUCGCAUGAUUGGCUUCGUGCACACUCGCAGGGAGUAUCUAUUAAAGAGACCAAGUCGGUGCCACAAUCCCAGCCAGAAAUUCAAGGUCCCAGAAGGCAUUUCACCCCAGUCGUGGAACCAGACCAGAGUCCCAGAGUCAAAUAUGACGAUGUUAUGUCAGACGAUAAAUCUCUUCAUGUUUGGCUGAGCCAUAUCUGGGAGCAAGGAUUCUGUUUUGUAGACGGUGUUCCUAUCAAUCCAGAGGCGACCCAAUUCCUCAUCGAGCGGAUUGCAUUCAUCAGGAACACCCAUUAUGGUGGUUUUUGGGACUUUACAGCCGAUUUGACCUUUAAAGACACGGCAUACACAAACGAAUUCCUGGGUGCUCAUACAGACAAUACUUAUUUUACAGAUCCUGCAAGACUUCAGCUCUUCCAUCUGCUAUCUCAUACCGAAGGAUCUGGAGGGGAGAAUCUCCUAGUUGACGGAUUUGCAGCCGCAGCUCAACUACGCCUCGAGAACCCCGAGCAUUAUGCCCAAUUGGUAAAUCAAAGGCAACCGUUCCACGCCAGCGGGAACGAAGACACAUGCAUCCAACCGUCCGCCAUGGCGCCGGUAUUUUCGAUGCACUCGGAUUUGAACACAAUGUACCAGAUCCGUUGGAACAACUAUGAUCGUGCGCCAAAGAGCAAUUGGUCGGCAUCGGAACAGACUAUGUGGUACAGUGCUGCGCGCCACUAUAACGAUAUCUUGAAGAGCAGAGAAAUGUGGACGAAGCUACAACCAGGAUCGGCGCUCAUUUUCGAUAACUGGAGAAUGUUACAUGGCCGCUCUGAGUUCACUGGAAAGAGGCGAAUGUGUGGUGGCUACGUCAACAACGAUGACUACAUUUCUCGACUUCGUCUACUCAAGUUCGGCCGUAAAGCGGUGCUGGACAAUCUGGGCAACGUCCGAAAUCAAUCCAAUAAUCCUUAUUGGUAUAUCUAG